AUGCAAGGGAGCCGAAAGGAAAGCGAGAGGAGGGCCCAACGGCUCCGCCUGCGGAGAGACUUCAGUCCCAGGCGAAGAGGCACUUUCGGGCCCGUUGCUCCCGGGGAGGCGGACGCUCUUCCCCGCCGCCUCCACCCCCGCCCCACCGGCAGCUCAGAGCGGCGUCUGACGGGGCGGGCAGCGCGGCGCGAGGAGGGGCCACAUGUUGACGGGCAGGCGGAGCAGCCAACGCCGAGGCCGAAAGGCGAGCGCGGCGGGGGAGCCCAGAAGCGGCUCUCGCGCUGCCGCGUCCGCGGUUUCCCGCCCUUUUCUUCGUUUGGCCUGAGGCGCUGGAAAGGGCGGGAAGGAGGCGGCGGCGGCGGCGGUGUCCCUCGCCCCUCGCGAGGCGAAGCUCGCCUCAGAGUUCUCCCCAGAAGCCGAGGAGGGUCCGGGCCCCGACCAAGCAAGUCUCCGGCCCGGGAGGCCAGGAGAGGAAGGCCGCGCUCCCCCUCGCCGAUCGCAGCCGCCAUGGACAGGCUCCCGCGAGGCCCGGGAAAGAACGGAAGACAUUCUCCUGGUCACUUCCAAGCCCGCGAGAGCUUUCGGCGCCUGGUCUGGCUCGUUUUGGCUGCCACGGGACUCCUCUCCUUGUCUCCAGCCACGAGUCGGGUGCCGCGGCAUCAGAUGGCGCCCUUGGGAGACCUGCCCUGGGGUCGGGCCCACUCCGGAACCCAGGAAGCGGCGGCUGCUGGCGGCCUCUCUCGCCUCAGGGCCCCGCCGCCCGUCUGA